AUGGACUUAAACACUGUCUGUCGGUCUGUCUUGUCUGGUUUCUCUAACACUCUGUCUGUCUGUCUGUCUGUCUAUCUGUCUGUCUGUCUGUGUGAUUUCAGUACAAAGAUCGAGAAAGAGAAGCGGGAACAUGCCAAGCAGCACGGGAUGAUUCGCACGGAGAUAACAGGCGCUGAGAUCGCUGAGGAGAUGGAGAAGGAACGCCGUCUCUUCCAACUCCAGAUGUGUGAGGUCAGUAGUGGACACUGGGCACAGACUAGUGGGCACUGAUUAGGCGCUAACUGGGCACUGACUGAGAUGUACAGUAUGUCGUUUUCUGUAAACCAGUGCUUGUAAGUGAGCUGUAUUCCUCUGGAGCAGUGGUAUUCAGAGUCGGGGUCGCAACCCCACUAAAAUUGCAAUGGGGUCACCAAAUAAACUCAGAUAUAAAUAUUAUUAUUUAUUUGUAUUUAUUUUUUAAGCACUAUAUAUAUAUAUAUAUUAAAACCACUACUCUAGAGUAAAAUAACAAAUUGUAAGAGCGAUGCACUCAGCUGUGCCAACGAGCUACCCUCGGUGGGCGUAAACGCAUACUUCACUCUCCCUCUUUAUGUACAGAUUAUUUGCUCACAUGGCAUAACGGUACUGACAAUUGAUAUAUUAACUUAGUGCUUCACAAUGGGAUUCUAAUUGGAGCAGUUACGGAGGAGCUCAACCCAUGCACCUCUAUUUCUGUGUGCAGCGAGAGGGGUGUGGUUUGUCUCUCUUGGGUUUUUAGGGUGAUUUCUUACACAGGGUUGUUGUUGUUGUUGAUAUUGCUUCCAGUGUAGUGCUAGAGGGGCUCAGAGUUUAUAACUAGGGUCCAGAGUUUUUCCUGGGCAAGUCAUAUGGUCAGGAAAACUGCUGACCCUAUAAGCUUGACUGAUAACAAUGCUAGUAUUGUGUGAAUUGGUACGUGAAUUACCUCAUCCCACACCCCCACCGCUACCCCCCACCGUCUCCACAUUACUCACUCACCAGAUUAGAGGAUGCUCUCAGGUUGCAUCCCAGAUGGCACCCUAUUCCCUAUAUAGUGUACUACUUUGAACCAGGGCACAUAGGGUACUACAUAGGGAAUAGGGUGCCAUUUGGGAUGCAAACUCACUCUUCCAUCCCACGCUGCUCUGCUGCUGCUGUUGCUAGUGUGGAGAGAGCUAGGUGAUGCUCAGCACAGCAGGCUGUAUUACUGAUCUGAGACCAGCCACUGAUACAGUAGCAUCCAUCCAUCACCUCUCAUUCCCACAAAGCCCCCAAACACAUGCACCAACAGGCAUUCACAACACACACUAAACCCACACCAGACAAAUGUGGUUAAUCUCUGAGCCGCACACUCUCAGACAGACAAAAGCAAUGUGUGUGUGACUGUGUGUGUGUUUGGUUUCAAGGGAGCACGCAUACAUGCACACACACGCACACACACACAGACAGAAAGAUGACUGCAUUGUAAGCAAUGCAGCAGAGAAGCUUUGGGAGGACAGGGACAUUCUGGGCCUCAGAAGGGCAUUCUGGCAUAGAUUAAAUGUCCUCUGUGUGCGGAGCAUUGACUCUUCACAAACUGUUCUAGGUUGGCACGCCAUUGGAUAAACUCAGAUUAAUAUGAUGUUUUAUUCAUUUGUUCACUGGGCAUGAAUUUGUCGGGGGAAUUUGCUCUCUAUCUUUAGACUGCCUUGUUUAGGAUGCUAGUCACUGAAACACACUUUCUCUGGAGGCCCAAGUGAUUUCUUAAAACCAAAUGAAUAACACAAUUCUAGUUAUCCAUUUCAAACACAGUUUACUGUAAAACCAGGCAAAUUACAUCUUUCUCUCUUGAUGUUCUAUAUUGGCAUUCCUUUCAGUGAAAUGUAGAUGCUUACCACUUUGUUUCCAGCUCCCACAGACUCCAUGCUGUGUUGGCAGUGUAGAUCAUCCUCCAGAGGAUGGGCAUUCUGAUAGGAUUAUCAUUCAAAGUGUUCAGAAGACAUAUUUCACACAAACACACAUUUUCUAUGGUGGUUUAAUGCAAGGGUGGAACAUUUUGCGCUCAGUUUCCAUUUAUGUGGGUGGGUGCAGGCUUUUGUUUCAGCCAAGCAGUAACAUGAAGAUUUACUGGUUCAUAAAUGAUAGCCUUCAGUUCAAAUAGAUGAUUAAAACCUUCAGUGAUUGUCCACCCCUGGUUUAAUGUAUCACCAGGUAUAAGCAGUGAAAUACUCCAAAAUCAUGUAAAAGAGCAUUUUAUUUGAUGUCAGUUUUCACAAACCACCUCUUGUGUUUUCUCUGCAGUACCUGAUCAAAGUCAACGAGAUCAAGACCAAGAAGGGAGUGGACCUUCUCCAGAACCUCAUCAAGUAUUACCAUGCACAAUGCAAGUAAGUACACAGUACCGCAGUAUAUUCCUCCUUUACCAUAGUGUGGUAGUGAGACGUGUCUACUUAGAUGUGGCUAAUUGGUGGCAAACACUUACAUUUUUCUGAGGGAAUUGUGUACUCUCACGACUAGCUAUAUAAGUCUUGCAGUGAUUGCUAUUUGCUACUCUCUGAGAAUAGGAGAGCGAGACAAGAGAGAGGAGAGAGCAGAGAGAGGGCGAGCGAGAGAGAGAGAGAGCGGGAAAGAGGAGGUGAGAGAAAGGGGCAAAGGUCGAACCGAAAAGAAAAAAAAAGAAAAGAGAAAGAGGGAGGGAGGGAGGGAGGGAGGGAGGUAGGGGAGAGGGAGGGAGGGAGGGAGGGAGGGAGGCGUAGGGGGAGGGAGGGAGGGCGGGAGGAGGGAGGGCGUGAGGGAGGGACGGGCGGGAGGGAGGUAGGGAGGGAGGGCAUCUCGAUAGACAGCGAGAGUAGAGAGAGAGCGAGAGAUCCGAGAGCUGAUCGAGAGAUCUCUCUCUCUCUCUCUCUCUCUCUCUCUCUCUAUCUCUCCCUUCUCUUUCUCCUCUCAACCCCCCUCCCUCCAUCCCUCUCUCUCGGAUGGGGUGAUGGUGAUGCAUGAUUCACUGGUCUUGGGUAGGGAGGGUUGCGGAGUCAUAUUUAGCUCUCAUAAAUAUGCACGGGCCUUCAUGCCGAUGCGUUGUGACAGCCGUGGGGGUUUGUGGGUAAAUCAUUGCCAUCCCCUGGCUGCGUCACCAACAGGCCUGACAGCCUCAGCGUUGCUAGGUGGUUGUGUCACAACAAAACAAUGCAGUUUUCUGGUUAUCUACUCAACCCAAACAUAUAGCUGCCCUACUGUUUCUGACACUGACAAUUAAACAUCUCUGUGGAGAGACAUGCCUUAUAGAACAAUGGAAAAACAGAGGUAGUGAAAACUGUGAGUUUCAGUAGGACGAGUGGACUGAGGGAGGAUUGAUGGAUGCCUAGAGCGAGGGAUAGGGAGAGAGAGAAGGAGAGAUGGGGAGAGAGAGGUUGUUAGUGGAGAUGAGAGGAUGCAGAGCUGCAUUCAGGUGGGUGCCGCUGACACUGGCAGAUCCAUAAUGGAUGACAGGAGGUGCUUAGCAUUCAGCUCUGGACACAGCCAUAGUCAGCCAGAGAGAGACAGAAGAGAAAGAGAGAGAGAGAUCUCUUUGCCAAAAGCCAGAGGGCCAAGCAGUGCUAUACAUUAUACAUAUCCCACUGCAUCAGUCUCAUUCUCAUUCACCCCUCCACUUCUUAUGACCUUCCUAAUGCCUAUAGAAACAUUGUAUGACACUUGACAUUUCUCAAUGAUGUAAAUGAUGCUACGCCCCACCAAAUGACUACCCUUUGUCUCACUAAAGUGAAAAUGUCAAUGGAAUUAUAAUAUCCGCCCUGUAUUCUCUUGCAGUUUCUUCCAAGAUGGCUUGAAGACAGCAGAUAAGCUGAAGCAGUACAUUGAGAAGCUGGCUGCUGACCUCUACAAUGUAAACACCCACCCACAGGCUUCUCUCUAUCUGAUUACUGCUACUCUGCAGACUGAAUUGUUAUCGAGGUCAUUGAGUGUGUGUGUGUGUGUGUGUGUGUGUGUGUGUGUUAAUCUCACUCUGUGUAUCUCCUUCUCAGAUAAAGCAGACCCAGGAUGAGGAGAAGAAACAUCUGACUGCUCUCAGAGACCUGAUCAAGUCCUCCCUUCAGCUGGACCAGAAGGAGGUAGGUAGGAACCAGACCAAAUAGGCCCAAAUAGGGCUAAACAGGGCCUAGUGGGCCAAACAGGGCCAAAUAGGGCAAAACAGGGCCAAGUGGGCCCAAGCAGGCUUUAGUUGGCAAACAUAUAAGUUGGAUUCCAAUUCUCUACCCUUCUCCUGUGCACUCAUACACUACCCCUCAUGGAUUUAGAUGGAAUGGACUGGUGUUAAGAAUAUAAUGGAAACUCCCUCCAGCCAUGCGUUCACCAAAUCAAUGCUUGGUAGAGAAUCAGACUGCAGCCAUACUGUACACUCUUCAACCCUAACCCUUAACUUUUGACCCUAUGGUGGGUGUACCUACUGGCUAGCCUCCUGUAGCGCAGAGUGAGCAUCCAGUGCUGUACCAUGCUGGUAGCUAGUGUGUGGUAGGCCUUGGCUGGUAACCGGUGUGGUGCCUCACUGGCUGCUUGGUGGAGAGCCAGUCACUGUCUUAACUAACCUCCCCUAAUCUCUUUCUGAGCACUCACUGGUCACAACUGCCUUAUACACAACAACAGUAAUGUGGUUUUCCCCUCAGUCUCAUACCCACAUUGAGAUUUGCUAGCUGCUCACUGUGUUUUGCAUGAGAUACUGUGUAAUAGUGUGCAGAGCCUAACUGAGAUAGACUGGGCUGCUGUGUCGACACAGCUGCAACUCUCUGCUAGUGACUGUGUCCAAAAUGGUACCUUAUUCACUACAUAGUGCACUAUUUUUGACCAGAGCCCUACACUCUUAGAAAAAAGGGUUCCAAAAGUGUUCUUCAGCUGUCCCCAUAGGAUAACCCUUUUUUGUUCCAGGUAGAACCCUUUUUGGUUCCAGUUAGAACCUUUUUGGGUUCCACAUAGAACCCUCUGUGGAAAGGGUUCUACAUGCAACCCAAAAGGGUUCUACCUGGGUUCUUCAAAGGGUUUUGCAAUGGAGACAGCCGAAGCACCCUUUUAGGUUCUAGAUAGCCCCUUUUCUUCUAAGAGUGUAUGGGCCUUAGUCAGUAGUGCACUAUAUAGGGAACUGGGUAAGUUGACUGAGAACACGUUCACAUUUACAGCAACAACCUGGGAAACAGUUACAGGGGAGAGGAAGGAGGAUGAAUGAGCCAACAGUCACUCACUCACUACCCCUCUACUUGUAUAUACUGUGCCAAACUAACACCUACACUCUAUGCAUGCAUGCAGGCACUCUCUCACGCCUACAUCUCAGCUACUUCUUUCACACUCUCUCCCUCUAUCUCCCUCUCUACUCGCUGCUUGUCUGGACUCAAGUCUAGAAGAGUAAGUGUGCACGAUUGGCAUGCUUCUGUUGGUCUUGCCUGCGUUUGACUUCUGAGAGAUUUUGAAGAGCAGGCACUCCACUGAGUUUCUACAUUAGAAGCCUGCUGUGUUUUUCAUUUGAUCGUGUGUUUAGAACAUGGGUGCGUCCCAAAUGGCACCCUAUUCUCUAUGUAGUGCACUUCCUUUGACCAGAGCCCCGGUGAAAAGUAGUGAACUAAAUAGAGAAUAGGGUACCAUUUGGGACGGAUCCCAUAGUCCUUUGAACAUCAAACAUGACCCGAUAAAUAAUAAAGACCCUGGCCUGCACUCUCUGUAAGAGGUAUAUUUGGUUGGUUGUGUGUGGUAAUUUGCUGUGUUUCUGUGUAUAAACACUGUGUGUGUGUGUGUGUGUGUGUGUGUGUGUGUGUUGAUGCAGGACUCCCAGAGUAAGCAGGGGGGCUACAGCAUGCACCAGCUGCAGGGCAACAAGGAGUUUGGCUGUGAGAAGAAAGGCUACCUGAUGAAGAAGAGUGAUGGGUAGGUCACACACACAUACAAACACACACGCACACUAAACAGUACUGAACAUGCAUUUAUAUGCCCCUUAUCUGAUCCUUCGUUGUGACUUGGUGUUGUUGUCUUCCUGCAGGCUGAGGAAGGUGUGGCAGAGGAGGAAGUGUUCAGUGAAGGGUGGCAUGCUCACCAUCUCUCAUGCUACGGUGAGUGGCAAACAUACCACACACUCACACUCAGACACAAACACCCACACACCUGUGGAGGCUAGAUCAAAGACAACAUCCAGUAUGAAGGAAGCUGUGUAGGGCACUAUCAAGCUGGCAGUUGGCAGAGAGGAAUCGACAUGGAUGGGUUGCCAGGGAAACCCCUCAUCCCCCCCCCCCCCCCCUCCCAUUGCUGUGGUGACUCAUCUCUGAGUUUGCUGCUGGCUCUUCUCUUCCCUGGGUCUGUGGAUACUGUGGAGUAUAGCAGCACUGGACCAGAUAUUCACUAUCUGCUGCUGGGAGCUAAUACAAUAGCCAAUGUUGAGAGAGAUAGAUAGAGACACACAUGCACAUAUGAGAGAGAGUGCACACAGACACAACUAGCAUGUCACAAAUGUUGUAUUCCACUCUAGAUUGCGGUGGAUCCCCCAAAUGUCAUAACACUAUCAUCUCAUUUACUGGAUAUAUAGACACCCUCCUUUCAAGGAAAUUAUACAAUGUAGCCUAAGUACAAGCCUACCUGUCUGCACCUCCAUUUUUAAAAAACGCACAGAGAAUCCAUGUACUUAUCUUCAGUUCUUUGUCUGAUGGCAUGUUGCAGCUCCGCUCCGUGUUUAUUUCCCAUCAGCCCCUGUGGCAGGCCAGGCAGCUGAACUCUGGGUGACCCUGCCUGCGUGGCGUGGUGCCAGCCAGACAGCCUCACCUCAGGGCUCAUUUGGUAUUUGGCAUUUGGUAUUUUAUUAAGACCCCCAUUAGCUGUUGUGAUAGCAGCAGCUACUCUUCCUGUGGUCCACACAAAACAUGAAACAUGACAUACUGUAAUACAGAACAUUAAAAGACAAGAACAACUCAACGACAGAACUACAUAAAUGAAAAAUGUCACACAUAGCCAACAUAUCAAUACAUACACACAAUAUCUAGGUCAAAUAGGAGAGAGGGGUUGUGCGGUGAAGUGUUGCUUUAUUUGUUUUUUAAAACCAGGUUUGCUGUUCAAUCUUUGAUGGAAGGGAGUUCCAUGCAAUCAUGGCUCUAUAUUUAUUUUAUUUAUUGUUUUUUUUUGGUCAUUUAGCAGACGCUCUUAACCAGAGCGACUUACAGGAGCAAUUAGGGUUAAGUGCCUUGCUCAAGGGCACAUCGACAGAUUUUUCACCUAGUCAGCUCGGGGAUUAGAACCAGCGAUCUUUCGGUUACUGGCACAACGCUCUUAACCACUAAGCUACCUGCUAUAUAAUACUGUACGUUUUCUUGAAUUUGUUCUGGAUUUGGGAACUGUGAAUAGACCCCCGGUGGCAUGUCUGGUGGGGCUCAUCACAGCCUGUUAACGUUUUGUUAACACCCCUCACCCCCCCUCUGCCCGCCCGAUGCCCGCCUGCCCCGGCACAGUCACAAUGCAGUGCCUGCUGGGCACAGUGGUAUUAACAUAUUAUGACAGUGGGUACUGUACUGUAGCCAACCCAAAGUGGUGCUGCCUGGACCACAGCCAGUACUGAGGGAAUACCUGGGAUCCUCCCAAGGCUAGCUACACUGUUGUGUCUAGUGUUCAGGCUGUGGCCCAAAUGGCAUCCUAUUCUCUACAUAGGGCGGCAGGUAGCUUAGUGGUUAAGAGCGUUGUGCCAGUAACCGAAAAGUUGCUGGUUCUAAUCCCAGAGCCGACUAGGUGAAACAUCUGUCGAUGUGCCCUUGAGCAAGGCACUUAACCCUAAUUGCUCAUGUAAGUCGCUCUGGAUAAGAGCGUCUGCUAAAUGACAAAAAUGUAAAAAAAUCUACAUGACUUCACUACUUUUUGACCAUUGGGCAUUGCACAUUUACAUAAGUAUUCAGACCUUUUACUCAGUACUUUGUUAAAGCACCUUUGGCAGCGAUUACAUUCUUGGGUAUGACGCUAAAAGCUUGGCACACCUGUAUUUGGGGAGUUUCUCCCAUUCUUCUCUGCAGAUCCUCUCAAGCUCUGUCAGGUUGGAUGGGGAGCGUCGCUGCACAGCUAUUUUCAGGUUUCUCCAGAGAUGUUAGAUCGGGUUCAAGUCCGGGCUUUGGCUUGGCCACUCAAAGAUAUUCAGAGACUUGUCCCGAAGCAACUCCUGCGUUGUCUUGGCUGUGUGCUUAGGGUCAUUGUCCUGUUGGAAGGUGAACUUCCCCCCAGUCUGAGGUCCUGAGCGCUCUGGAGCAGGUUUUCAUCAAGGAUCUCUUUGUAGGGGGGAGCUAGAGAGCGUGCUAUGGAAUAGACGUGUUUUGUUAGCGCGCCGCUCAAUUUUGAAACAAAUUCAUAUUUAUCUUAAUCUCUCACCACCUAUAACUUCAAACAUUGUCUGGCAAUAUGACAAAGGGAAAAGGCACCAAAAAAGGGGGAGCUAAACAAGAUCAUUUGGAUGAGACAGACAACGAACCGCUGACCCACGAGGAGUUAGCUGAGGAUGCUAGCUCCCAAGAGCUCCCCACAGAACCUACUCCAAGUAACCUACUGACUGCUAUAAAGUCACUAAGCAAGAAGGUGGACACAAGGUUGGCUGAUAUCUCAAAGAGUAUUGGGACUUUGACUGAAACUGUGAAGGCAACCAAGGGCAGGGUGCAUGAAGUCGAGCAGACGACAGUUGAUCAUGAGGCCAGGCUACAGGACAUAGAGAAACAGAGCACAACGUUAAAAAAUUACAACAAAACCCUGAAAGCCAGACUGGAAAUGCUCGAGUCGCAUUCAAGACUCCCGAACAUCCGAAUAUUUGGGAUCCAGGAGGACACUGAGAAAGGGAAACCCACUGAAUUUGUUUCGGGGCUGAUACCGCCAUUGCUGGGGAGUGAACACUUCAAAACGCCCAUCCUGAUCGACUGCGCACACAGAUCACAGGCAACAAAGCCAGACAAGGGCGCGCCACCAAGGCCAUUCAUCGCACGGCUGCACUAUCCCCAGACCAGGGAUCUCAUCCUCAAGCUGGCAAGUCAAAAGUUCCCCCUUAACUACAACGGAGCCUGGGUGUCUUUCUACCCAGAUCUUACUUUGGAGGUGAGGAACCAACGGAAAGUGAAUUGAUGCCGAUAUCACGGCCUGUGGAUAUGCAAUUUCUGCAAUCUACCCAAUUUAGAACAGUGAUGGUCAAGUUCACAAGCCUUGGCAUUGUAGUGACAAGAAAACUUGAUCAGCUAUUGAAAACGAAUUGGGACAUGAAAAUGUAUCAGCUUAAACAAAAUAUAAAUUUUUUGAAAACUCUGCCUAUCUCCGUGGUUGGUCAUAUAAACGCUAUUAAAAUGGUUGCCUUACCCAGGUUUCUUUACCUCUUCCAAUGUCUACCCAAUUUCUUACCAGAAAGCUAUUUUAAGAAACUGGAUUCAAUAGUAAUUCCAUUCUUAUGGGAUAACAAGGUAGCCAGAAUUUCAAAGAAGCAUUUAUGGAAGUACAAGAGAGAGGGGGGUUUUACCCUUCCUCACUUUAAACUGUAUUAUUGGGCUGCUAAUCUGAACAUUGUGUCUUUCUGGAGGGAAAGUUUACCUGGGAUCCGACAGAAUGAUAUGCCUUCAUGGCUUUUGAUGGAGCAGGCUUCCUGUAAAUGUUCCUCACUCCCUGCACUUGUUAAUAGCCCAGCAUAUGUGAACAAAGCCACUUAUGACUCAUUUGUCACAGUCUUAGGAUCUGGAAACAGAUGAGGUAUUUUUGUUAACAUAACCACUGUAUACAUUGACAGCCCAAUUUGCCUGAAUCAUGCUUUCCACCCUGCAUUGGAUGAUAUGGUGUUUUCACAGUGGAGGGGGAAGGGGCUCACAACAAUUGAUAACUUAUACAUUGAUGGUCAUUUAGCUUCAUUUCAACAAUUACAGAGUAAGUUUACCAUGCCAGCAGCACAUUUUUUCAGAUACCUCUUAAUCUGGAAUUUCUUAAGGACACAUAUCCCACAGUGUGGCAUUAAGCCAAAGAAUCCUACAUUAGAUAGCCUUAUCCUUGUCAAACCCCAUUCAAAAGGGUCAGUCUCUAGACUUUAUGAUGUGCUACGGGCCAACAUAGAGGUAUCCACAGACACUAUUAAAAGGGCUUGGGAGCAGAAACUUGGUUCAGAAAUCUCAGAUGAGGACUGGCUCUCAGGAAUAUAAACCACAGUUCACUGAAUGCCAGACACAACCUUGCUCAGUUUAAGGUGGUACACAGGUUACAUUACUCAAAACUGAAACUGCAUAAAAUAUUCCCAGACACCUCACCACUGUGUGAGAGGUGCAAGCAGGAUGAGGGGACUUUGACCCACUUAUUUUGGACAUGUCCUAAGUUACAUGCUUACUGGGCUCUCAUUUUUGAUUACUUAUCUAAAGCCUUUGAUAGAGUUAUAGCCCCCUACCCAUUGGUCGCUCUGUUUGCUACAGUUGAUGGGAAUAACCAGGAAGGGAAGGCUAUCUCUCUUUGUACUCUAUGAGCCAAAAGGCUCAUAUUGCAAUUUUGGAAAUUGGAGACUGUACCUACCUUUGAAAUGUGGUUACGGGAUUGAGGGAAUGUAAUGGAAGAUUCGAUACAAUACCUCCAAUAGAAGUCCAAUGUUUUACAAAAUAUGGCAGCCAAUACUGGAUGAAGGGUCUAGUCCCGCUUUAUAACUGGGUUGAUGCUCUGCUGCUACACUGUGCUGUACACCACUCAAUAUUUCUUUUUGGCUUAACUACGCUGUUUGUGAUUACUAUAUGCUGUCGUUAUACUAUAUGUACCAUCUAAUAGGAUAUUUUUAUUUAUUAUUUUAUUUUUGUAUGUCUUUUUUCGCUUUGUCAUUAUGGGGUAUUGUGUGUACAGUCAUAGUCAAAAGUUUUGAGAAUGACACAAAUACUAAUUUUCACAAAGUCUGCUGCCUCAGUUUUGAUGAUGGCAAUUUGCAUAUACUCCAGAAUGUCAUGAAGAGUGAUCAGAUGAAUUGUAAUUAAUUGCAAAGUCCCUCUUUGCCAUGAAAAUGAACUUCAUCCCAAAAAAAGAUUUCCACUGCAUUUCAGCCCUGCCACAAAAGGACCAGCUGACAUCAUGUCUGUGAUUCUCUCGUUAACACAGGUGAGAGUGUUGACGAGGACAAGGCUGGAGAUCACUCUGUCAUGCUGAUUGAUUUAGAAUAACAGACUGGAACCUUUAAAAGGAGGGUGGUGCUUGAAAUCAUUGUUCUUCCUCUGUUAACCAUAGUUACCUGCAAGGAAACACGUGCCGUCAUCAUUGCUUUGCACAAAAAGGGCUUCACAGGCAAGGAUAUUGCUGCUAGUAAGAUUGCACCUAAAUCAACCAUUUAUCGGAUCAUCAAGAACUUCAAGGAGAGAGGUUCAAUUGUUGUGAAGAAGGAGUCAGGGCGCCAAGAAAGUCCAGCAAGCGCCAGGACCGUCUCUAAAUUUGAUUCAGCUGCGGGAUCGGGGCACCACCAGCGCAGAGCUUGUUCAGGAAUGGCAGCAGGCAGGUGUGGGUGCAUCUCUACGCACAGUGAGGCAAAGACUUUUGGAGGAUGGCCUGGUCUCAAGAAGGGCAGCAAAGAAGCCAUUUCUCUCCAGGAAAAACAUCAGGGACAGACUGAUAUUCUGCAAAAGGUACAGGGAUUGGACUGCUGAGGACUGGGGUAAAGUCAUUUUCUCUGAUGAAUCCCCUUUCCGGUUGUUUGGGGCAUCCGGAAAAAACCUUUUCCGGAGAAGAAAAGGUGAGCGCUACCAUCAGUCCUGUGUCAUGCCAACAGUAAAGCAUCCUGAGACCAUUCGUGUGUGGGGCUGCUUCUCAGCCAAGGGAGUGGGCUCACUCACAAUUUUGCCUAAGAACACAGCCAUGAAUAAAGGAUAGUACCAACACAUCCUCCGAGGGCAACUUCUCCCAACCAUCCAAGAACAGUUUGGUGACAACCAAUGCCAGCAUGAUGGAGCACCUUGCCAUAAGGCAAAAGUGAUAACUAAGUGGCUCGGGGAGCAAAACAUCGACAUUUUGGGUCCAUGGCCAGGAAACUCCCCAGACCUUAAUCCCAUUGAAAACUUGUGGUCGAUCCUCAAGAGGCGGGUGGACAAACAAAAACCCCAUUGAUUAUGCAAGAAUGGGUUGCCAUCAGUCAGGAUGUGGCCCAGAAGUUAAUUGACAGCAUGCCAUGGCGGAUUGCAGAGGUCUUGAGAAAGAAGGGUCAACACUGCAAAUAUUGACUCUUUGCAUAAACUUAAUGUAAUUGUCAAUAAAAGCCUUUGACACUUAUGGAAUGCUUGUAAUUAUACUUCAGUAUACCAUAGUAACAUCUGACAAAAAUAUCUCAUAACACUGAAGCAGCGUACUUUGUGAAGACCAAUACUUGUGUCAUUCUCAAAACUUUUGACCACGAUUAUUUGUUUUUUUAAUCCAUUUUAGAAUAAGGGUGUAACGUAACCAAAUAUGGAAAAAGUACUUUCCGAAGGCACUGUUUAUAGUUUCUUUAUUCAGCUGAGACAAAAGGACAAACCCACAAUGCCUAACAUCAAAAGAGUAAUUGUUCUAUUACUUUACCACCCCACCCCAUCCAGAGUCAGGUAGGCUUGUAGCGUUAGUUUAAUAGGACCAAUACUGGUUGAUGUACAGACUAAUUUUCAUAAUUUCCAUCAAGUAGCUAAGUCGUCUGUGUGUUUGUGCAGUCCAACAGGCAGCCUGUGAAACUCAACCUGCUCACCUGCCAGGUCAAGCCCUGCGCUGAGGACAGGAAGUGCUUCGAUCUAAUUUCCCGUAAGUACCCCUCUUACCAUAACCCCUAUGCCAAUACAGCAGUUACUGUGGGUGUUGCAUGGGAUGGGUGGCCCGUGAGAGAAGGGGCCUUUUAUAUGACCUCUGAUGGGCAUUCAGAAACAGGAAGAGUCGAAGUGACCAUUUUGUGCCACAGGGUGCCAGUCGCUCUUUGACACCUACUAUAUUUUCAGACUGGCUGUUGAAUGGUGUCAUGACAUUGAGAGGAAAACCUGAAACACGCUGUGCUUGUGAAUUACCCAACAUGCAUCUCACAACAGGGCUAUAUUACAUGACAUGAUUACACAGUGUCUGCUGGGUCUGAGAUCACAUUCCCCUCUAAUCUUCUCUCUGCCCACAGAUAACCGGACAUAUCACUUCCAGGCUGAGGAUGAACAGGAGUUUGUCAUGUAAGUGUAUCAUCACAGUCACCACAUUAUAAACAUUGUUUUACUGUAGUAUCCAACUCCAAAGGCAGGUACAAAGUAAUACACUGAAGCAAUGAACCUGGCCCUGAUAAUGUAGCUGUGAGCUUGAAUGAUCAGUUGAACAAAGAAAGACACCCUCUUUUAUACUCCAUUGACAGUGAGGGUAUUUGUAUUACUCAGAGAGAGAGAGAGAGCUAGGUGCCAGCAUCAGUAAAGGUUUCUAUCUAUCUGGAUCUGUGGUUGUCACUUGUUCAGGUGCACACACACAAUUUCUUUCUCACACACACACACACACACACAGUUUCAACCACAUUCUGCUACUUCAUACCCACCGAUCAGUAAUUGUCAUCUCCUCAAAAUUCUCUGUAUUCCUAAACUGUCAGGGCCAUGACCUUUAUGAAACACUGCCUUUAACCACGCUCACAUUAACUUUACUGCGACACAAUAGGCCUUGCCUCUUAGUCUCGCCUUAGGAUACAUCCCAAAUGGCACCCUAUUCCCUAUGUAGUGCACUACUUUUCACCAGGGCCCAUUUAUUACUUGAAAAUAUAACGUCCCUGCAUUAUGUAAUCACAUGUUCGCCCACCCACGCCUUGCAAGUAAACAAGCUCACCCUUAAAGACACGCAUACACCCACGUAUCUGCAUACUAAUUUCUUGUUAUUUCCUGCACGCUUGCACACACACACACACACACACAUACUUUAAUUAACACACUGAUUGUCUCCUAGCCGACACACACACACACACACACACACACACACACACACAUACACACACACACGUACACAUUUUAAAUACUUUAUUUGAAUUCACAAAUCACAUUACAUUCAAGUAGGAGUGAGCUGUGCUGUACUGUACUGUUCUGAACAGCGGGUGGGUUGGCAACAGCAGCAGUUACUUCCUGGCUGUCUCUUAAUGAGCGCACUCAGUCAGAAGGCUGUGAGGAGUCUGUGCUGUUGAAGGACUUCCUGGGUUAUCUAGAGUGGAGUGUGUGUGUGUGUGUGUGCGUGCGUGCGUGCUCGUGCAAGCGUGAGUGUGUGGAGGGUGUUCAGAUGUGUUGGUUUGAACACUACAGCAUGUGGUGGUUGACACUGUAGGCACAUUUAGAUCCUAUCUAGGGUGAAUGCAAAAUGCACUGAGUGUACAAAACAUUAAGAACACUCUUUCCAUGACAUAGACUGACCAGGUGAAUCCAGGUGUAAGCUAUGAUCCCUUAUUGAUGUCACCUGUUAAAUCCACUUCAAUCAGUGUAGAUGAAGGGGAGGAGACCGGUUAAAGAAGGAUUUUUAAGCCUUGAGACAAUUGACACAUGGAUUGUGAAUGUCUGGGCAAGACAAAAGAUUUAAGUGUCUUUGAGCGGGUUAUGGUAGUAGGUGCCAGGCGCACCGGUUUGAGUGUGCCAAGAACUGCAAUGCUGCUGGUUGUUCACGCUCAACAGUUUCCCUUGUGAAUCAAGAAUGGUCCACCACCCAAAGGACAUCCAGCCAACCCACACAACUGUGGGAAGCAUUAGAGUCAACAUGGGCCAGCAUCCCUGUGGAACGCUUUCAACACCUUGCAGAGUCCAUGCCCCGACGAAUUGAGGCUGUUAUGAGGGCAAAAGGGGGUGCAACUAAAUAUUAGAGAGGUGUUCUUAAUCUUUAGUACACUCAGUGUAGACGUCAAGGGCUCAAGAGAAUACAGUAUACAUAUUAAUACAUACAGUUUAGAAUAUACUGUCAGAUGGAAUUGGAGUUGUCCCAUCCCCUUGUCUAAAAGACUAAGAGGCUUAUGCACACAGAAAUCCUAAAAAUACACACUUCUAUAUACAAUUCUCAUACAUUUUUAAAACACCCUUGCUCUGUAAUAUCUAGUUUCUCUGUUUGCGUAUCUGUCUCUGUCUGUAUGUGUGUUGUGCGUGUGUAGCUGGAUCUCGGUGCUAUCCAACAGUAAGGAGGAGGCUCUGAACAUGGCGUUCCGUGGAGGAGAGGACGGAGGAGGAGGAGGAGGAGGAGGAGGAGAGGACGGCCUCGAGGACCUGACCAAAGCCAUCAUAGAGGACGUGCUGCGCAUCCCUGGCAACGAAGUCUGCUGUGACUGUGACGCUGCAGGUACAUAUACUGUACAAUGUUUAUGUGUGUGUGUUUGCAUGCCUGACCACAACCUCUAUGGAUUUCUAAGGGUCUCGCAUUCUAUAUCCUCCUCUAUAUACUACUAUUUUGUGCGUACUCACCAUUCACCUUAUCACAGGAGAAGACAACAACACCUUUGCUCAGUAAUUGACACCUGAGAUAUGCUAUGCAGCCAGUUUGAUGUCUUUAACCAAGCAAGCAGCAAAGCAGUGUAUUCUGGAUAUAACAGUGGUGUUGGCCCUUUCUGGCCCCUGUUCCUCCAACUUGAUCCUCCCCUGCUGUAAAAGCAGAGACUCCCCAGAGCAGAGACACCCUGGCCUUUUGACUCCCCCAAUACACACACAUGCACACACACACACUGCCUCAGUUAAUCACCCUAUCCACCUCUGUCAGCAUAAACACAGAGCCCACUGAGGGAGUUAGCAAGCCGCAAGCAUAAAAGCCUGUGUUUCUUGCAACAACAACAUCAUUACAUCAAUGUGUUACAUGAUUCACCCCCCCCCCCCCCCCCCCCCCCCCCUUCUCUGGAGUGAGUUCAUGUAACAUUUAACAGAUCGAUAAUGCGCCGGUCUGGUCAUCAUAAGCCACACACGUUAUUUUAAGCAUGCUAACAGACACAGGCUGUGUUCCAAAGCUACAGCAUCACAGGGGGAGAUGGGGAGCCAGAUUUGAACUGCUCUCUGAUGCUUUCUACUUCAUUCUGAUGCCUUGUUAAGCUGCUCUCAUCCUCCCAGUCGACCAAGCUGCUCCUUUGUAGCUAUGUGACACUGCCAUACUGUGUAGAGUGAUCCCUGGCUAUGGCAGGGCCCUAAAACAAGUCUUCCAGCUAGUGUACUGCAGGCUCAUUUGUGGUGCUCCUUUGACCCAUCCUGUCUAAAACACAGCUCUCUAGAGGAGUAUUAGUGGCAACUAUUUUGCGCUCACCCCACCCUGUUCAUCCUCUCAUCUCUAUGGCCAUCUAUUGCCUCUAUUGCCAUCAAACAUGUGAUUCAUUGGUGUUUCGUCGCCACUGAAACCCUUCCACCCGUCCGCCCGGCACAGACCUGUCAAAUUCAGACACGCUAGCAAGCCUAAAAGCUAACAGCACUCAGCCGUCUGUAAAGAUAGUUUGUUUACAUCUGCGUAGCUGCGUAGGGCUCUCAGGCUUGAUAUCAGGCUGUGUUUAAGCCACCUUCAGUUGCAUCGCUCAGGCUUGGCAGUGGUGUCAGUCACUGUAGGGGUUUACAGGGAAGAGCUCAAAGCCUCUCUAGCCUUCCACCACAUGGCUCUGCUGUCAGAGCAUGUUCAGGCAUUCAGCUUGACGCAGAAUGUUGCAGUGUUUUCUAGUUGCCGGGCUCUGGUAGCCCAGUCAGUAUGGCUGGUGCUCCUGAGGUUGCCGAGGCCCUCUAGUGGUGUGUGCUGUGUGUUGCCACUGCUCACAUUGAUGGUGAUGGUGGACUUUAGUGCACACUGUAGCAAAACGUUUUACAACAGAAAACUAAAACAUUUAUUUCUUUUUGGACAAGUUCAAGUUGUCAUUCCAUGUUUUCUUUAAUUUGAAGCCUAAUGAAUACCACCCAUAAAUAACAUGUCAGUUUAGUACUGGUAAUAGUUAAUCCCCUUUAGCAUUAUCGUUCUGGAUUUCAAAUGUAUGGAUGUUUAUAGUAGUACAAAAAAAAAAUUAUAUUCUGUUUUUGGAGCCAAAACGUCUGUACACUAAACUGUGAAUUCAAGCCCGAUUUUGGGGUUUCUUUUGUAUCCACAGGUCUGUGUGCAACAAACGUAUGUUGUCAUGUUGUCUGUGCCCUUAGAUCCAAAAUGGCUGUCCACUAACCUAGGCAUCCUGACCUGCAUUGAGUGCUCUGGUAUCCACCGGGAGAUGGGAGUGCACAUCUCACGCAUCCAAUCCAUGGAGCUAGAUAAGCUAGGCACCUCUGAACUCUUGGUGAGUAAAUCAAAUACAUUUUGGUGAACAUUAUAUGUAUUUAUUUUUUGUCACAAUAAAUCAACAUACAAAAUAGAUUCAAAAACAGGAUAGAAAUGAAUCAAUCUUGAUUACGAUGUGAUUAUGAUUACGACAAUUAAACCAAAGUGCUUACGAGCGUCUUAACAUUCAUAUGUUGACUUGAUACUUAGGCAAAUGUCUCUCUUCCUUCACAGCUGGCCAAGAAUGUAGGGAACAGUAGUUUCAAUGAAAUAAUGGAGGGGAACCUUCCUUGUCCCUCACCAAAGCCCACUCCUUCUAGUGAUAUGUAAGUACCCAGCAUCAUCAUCAACAACAACAUCUACAUGAACUGCUUAGAGACAAGAAACUCCAUAGAAAUUUGACCUCACUAGAUGCAUAAUCUGGUGUAUGUUUGAGCUUAUGCAGGUAGAUGUGUUUGGCAGGAUAAGCCACAGAAUUAAAUAUAAUACAUGGACAUGGCCACAUUGGUCAGGAAAACAUUCAUGCUAGAUACUGGAUUAUAGGAUCUCUAUGGCAAAAACUAUCCGUACAAACAUUCCAAAACCCUCUUCUUCUUCUUCUUCUUCUUCUUCUUCUUCUUCUUCUUCUUCUUCUUCUUCUUCUUCUUCUUCUUCUUCUUCUUCUUCUUCUUCUUCUUCUUCUUCUUCUCCCCCUCCUACAGGACAGUGAGGAAGGAGUUCAUCAAUGCUAAGUAUGUGGACCACAAGUUUGCACGGAAGACCUGUGCCUCCUCGGCAGCUAAGACCAUUGAGCUGUGUGAGGCGGUCAAGUCCAGGGACCUGCUGUCUCUCAUCCAGGUGUACGCUGAGGGGGUGGAGCUAAUGGAGCCUCUGCCCGAGGGUGGACAGGUAGGUCUGACCUCAUAGACCCUGGACUGUAUUAUUAUCUAAUCUCACCUGAUCAGGGCCCAUAUUCAUAAACCAUCUCAUGGGAUUGCUGAUCUAGGAUCAGGUCCCCCCUGUCCAUGUAAUCUUAUUCAUUAUGAUCCCCAAAAAUAAAACUGUUCCUAAAUCAGCACUCCUACUCUGAGAUGUUUUAUGAAUGCAGGCCCUGAUCUGGUAUGGUGGGUAUGGUUUUACAAUAUGAGCAGAAGUCUACUGUUUCAUAGGGAAAUAGUAGGUUGUACUGAGUCUGUAGGGAGGCUGUACUGUACAUGGGCAAAGUAAUGAGCAGUCCACAGACAACAAUUGCGUUUUCUACUCCCUUUACUAAGCAACAUUGGACAAGACAACAUUGCUCAAAUGAGUAAAGUCACUCAGUUGAGCUAUCAGUACUGCGGCCCUCUGUAUGUUGAGCCACGUUGCGCUGCGGUGUGCUCUCAGAAGUAGUCCAUAGGGAAUAGUGGCCAGGGAUGGGUCACUGACUCUGUUUGAAGGCAGGCAGAGCUCCCAGUCCAGGCUGACUCACUGAUAUCUACAGUGAGGGGAAAAAUGAUUUGAUCCCCUGCUGAUUUUGUAUGUUUGCCCACUGACAAAGACAUGAUCAGUCUAUAAUUUCAAUGGUAGGUUUAUUUGAACAGUGAGAGACAGAAUAACAACAAAAAAAAUCCAGAAAAACGCAUGUAAAAAAUGUUAUAAAUUUAUUUGCAUUUUAAUGAGGGAAAUAAGUAUUUGACCCCUCUGCAAAACAUGACUUAGUACUUGGUGACAAAACCCUUGUUGACUAUCACAGAGGUCAGACGUUUCUUGUAGUUGGCCACCAGGUUUGCACACAUCUCAGGAGGGAUUUUGUCUCACUCCUCUUUGCAGAUCUUCUCCAAGUCAUUAAGGUUUCGAGCCUGACGUUUGGUAACUCGAACCUUCAGCUCCCUCCACAGAUUUUCUAUGGGAUUAAGGUCUGGAGACUGGCUAGGCCACUCCAGGACCUUAAUGUGCUUCUUCUUGUGCCACUCCUUUGUUGCCUUGGCCGUGUGUUUUGGGUCAUUGUCAUGCUGGAAUACCCAUUCACGACCCAUUUUCAAUGCCCUGGCUGAGGGAAGGAGGUUCUCACCCAAGAUUUGACGGUACAUGGCCCCGCCCAUCGUCCCUUUGAUGCGGUGAAGUUGUCCUGUCCCCUUAGCAGAAAAAACCCCCCAAAGCAUAAUGUUUCCACCUCCAUGUUUGACGGUGGGGAUGGUGUUCUUGGGGUCAUAGGCAGCAUUCCUCCUCCUCCAAACACGGCGAGUUGAGUUGAUGCCAAAGAGCUCGAUUUUGGUCUCAUCUGACCACAACACUUUCACCCAGUUCUCCUCUGAAUCAUUCAGAUGUUCAUUGGCAAACUUCAGACGGGCCUGUAUAUGUGCUUUCUUGAGCAGGGGGACCUUGCGGGCGCUGCAGGAUUUCAGUCCUUCACGGCGUAGUGUGUUACCAAUUGUUUUCUUGGUGACUAUGGUCCCAGCUGCCUUGAGAUCAUUGACAAGAUCCUCCCGUGUAGUUCUGGGCUGAUUCCUCACCGUUCUCAUGAUAGUUGCAACUCCACGAGGUGAGAUCUUGCAUGCAGCCCCAGGCCGAGGGAGAUUGACAGGUCUUUUGUGUUUCUUCCAUUUGCGAAUAAUCGCAACCAACUGUUGUCACCUUCUCACCAAGCUGCUUGGCAAUGGUAUUGUAGCCCAUUCCAGCCUUGUGUAGGUCUACAAUCUUGUCCCUGACAUCCUUGGAGAGCUCUUUGGUCUUGGCCAUGGUGGAGAGUUCGGAAUCUGAUUGAUUGAUUGCUUCUGUGGACAUGUGUCUUUUAUACAGGUAACAAGCUGAGAUUAGGAGCACUCCCUUUAAGAGUGUGCUCCUAAUCUCAGCUCGUUACCUGUAUAAAAGACACCUGGGAGCCAGAAAUCUUUCUGAUUGAGAGGGGGUCAAAUACUUAUUUCCCUCAUUAAAAUGCAAAUCAAUUUAUAACAUUUUUGACAUGCGUUUUUCUGGAUUUUUUUGUUGUUAAUCUGUCUCUCACUGUUCAAAUAAACCUACCAUUAAAAUUAUAGACUGAUCAUGUCUUUGUCAGUGGGCAAACGUACAAAAUCAGCAGGGGAUCAAAUACUUUUUUCCCUCACUGUAAUACAUUCCUGUCUGUCAGUGAACCUAAUCUGAGUCUGUGUCCCAAAUGGCACCCUAUUCCCUUUAUAGUGCACUGGCCAAGGCUCUGGUAAAAAUUAGUGCACUAUCAAGGGAAUAGGGUUCUAUUUGGGUUCUAUUUGGGACGCAGGCUGAGUGUCCUCAGCAGACAGCACAUCAGUACCCAGAGUCCCAGACAGUGAGGGUCCCAGACAGAGUCCCAGACAGUGAGGGUCCCAGACAGAGUCCCAGACAGUGAGGGUCCCAGACAGAGUCCCAGACAGUGAGGGUCCCAGACAGAGUCCCAGACAGUGAGGGUCCCAGACAGAGUCCCAGACAGUGAGGGUCCCAGACAGAGUCCCAGACAGUGAGGGUCCCAGACAGCGUCCCAGACAGUGAGGGUCCCAGAUAGAGUCCCAGACAGUGAGGGUCCCAGACAGAGUCCCAGACAGUGAGGGUCCCAGACAGAGUCCCAGACAGUGAGGGUCCCAGACAGAGUCCCAGACAGUGAGGGUCCCAGACAGAGUCCCAGACAGUGAGGGUCCCAGACAGAGUCCCAGACAGUGAGGGUCCCAGACAGAGUCCUAGCUGGACUCCUAGUGAUUGGUAUUAGUGUGUCACUGUAUGCAUAUCUUCCCAAUAAGUUUCCUUUCUGGGGACUCACAUUUGGAGAGAUAAAUACCGACAUAGCUACCAGUCAUUUUCAAUGAAAAUAGUACAAGGAGACACACAGCGACAUGCAUGCUGUUUGAAGGAUACAUCCACCAGGAAAAAUCUCAACGACUUGAUUGCUGAUUAUCUCGGCAAGUGUGAGCGUGGAAUAGUUCAACCACGACCAGGGAGGUGGUGGGGGUGGCAUUUGUUCAUAUUGGGAAGGACGGGCUGUAGACUGAAGCCAGCCUUGAAUCAUAAUUUCAGUGUCUGCUACCGACAUCGGUACAUCCAAACCAUUCUCUGUCAUGGAAAUGUUGGCAUCACUCUCGCAGUCUUGCCUUGGGGGGGAAGAGAAGCUAAUUUUAGGAGCCAUUUUGUUGACUGCAGCCUCUUUAAAUGCUGUGAGAGAGAGAGAGGAGGAGAGAGAGAGAGAGAGAGAGAGAGAGAGAGAGAGAGAGAGAGAGAGAGAGAGAGAGAGAGAGAGGAGCGAGAAGAGAGAGACGAGAGAAGAGUCGCGAGAGACAUAGGAUUCUCUCUUCGCUACUCUCUCUCUCUCCCCUCGUCUCCUCUCUCUCACUUCCUCUGCUGCCUCUCUCUCUCGUCUCUCUCUCUCUCUCUCUCUCUCUCUCUCUCUCUCUCUUCCUCUAGCUUAGCUCUCCGGCUAUCCGUUCUCUCAUCUCUUUUCUGUGUGUGAUUGCCCCCCUCAGGAGGCCGGAGAGACUGCGCUCCACUACUCUGUGCGCACCGCUGACCAGACCUCACUGCACCUGGUGGACUUCCUCGUGCAGAACAGGUCAUUUACCAAAUAAGGGAAUGUGAAAAUAACCAUAUUAUGCCAUACCUGUAGCAUUGUGCUGAUGUGAAAUGGGAUUUUAACACCAGUGAAAACUCACAACAUCAUUGUUGUGCCCAAAUACUUAAAAAUAUAACAGAAUACUAUAAAUAAAUAGUAAUUCCACCAUUACGUCAUGUAAAAUGAAGUGUUAAAUGUGAGAAUAUUGAUGGAAUAGCUUCAUGGAAGCCAGUGUUCUCUCCUAGUCUCUCCACCACUGUAAGAGGAAGAUGAGCAGGGUAGAGCUCAGCACAGCAGCUUAGAUUCCCACAAGGGAAACAGAACUGGGUCAGGCAGCCACUUGUUCCCUGCCUUAAUUUAAUCCUCUCAGUCUUCUCAAUGGUUUUCUCCCUGCCUCGCUGCCCCUCAGGCAGACCGUUACCAGGAAAUGGAGGAUCCUCAUUAAUUAGUAGGUCUACCUUCACAAUUUCAUGCCAACACUUGCUAAUUGGCUGAAUUGUUUUCCAUUUGAGGAUAAGCAAAAUGGUGACCAACCACUUAACUGUCAACAUGCUAGUGUGGCUGUGAAGUAUAUGUAGGUGUUUUUAGGUCCGUUUGUUUCUUAAGGCAGUAUGACCAAAGCGUGAAUGAUAAUGUGACACCUUUACCUCUCUGUAAAAGGGCCUCUGGGGUGUGACCCGUGACAUGACCUUGUUGUGUGAAUGUGUCACAGUGGGAACCUGGAUAAGCAGACCGAGUGGGGAAACACAGCCCUGCACUACUGCUGCAUGUACGAGAAACAUGAAUGCCUCAAACUACUGCUGAGGGGCAAACCAGCCACUGACAUCAGUGAGUAAUACACACACAUUCACACACACACACACACACACACACACACACACACACUCACCCUCACCCUCACCCUCACACUCACACUCACACACACACACACACACACACACACACACACAUUUGAUUAUGUUAACAUGCCUGUUCUCAAUCAAAAUUGAUUUUUGAUGGAAUGUGUCAGACUCAAAUGUGUAACCAAUUUCAUGCCUGUUCUUUUAGCCAAUCAGAAUGGUGAGACGGCACUGGAUGUUGCCAGGCGACUGAAGAAUAGUCAGUGUGAGGAGGCAGUAAGUAUCUCACUGUGAACAUGAGCCAAUAUGCUCCAUAUCCACUAUAUGUUUGGCUAUUUGUAUUAUUUAAUAGCAAUACCCAAAGAUGCAAUCCUGUUCUUUGUUGAAGUAGUAUCCACACUAUAUCGGAUUCUGUAGCAGCACAGUAUAGAUUGAAGGGACUUGUUGACCACCACGUCUGGACACUAGAGGGCAGCAGCCAAAGGCCCACCCAGGGCUGUAGUGACUACAGAGGAAGAACCUCAAUUGCAUUUCCUUGACUCCUCUCGCCCUCUCUCCUCGCCUCCUCCUUCUUCUUCUUCUUUGGUCCGCAAACAAAUAUUAUAGAUGCAUGCCGCCACCUACUGUAUUGGCUGUGUAUCAGCCUACUAUUCUGUAGUAUGAAUUCAUUACACUUUGUGAAAAAAUUGCCCUACCAGCCAUUCCUGCACCCAUUAAAACCUCACCACUAUUCCACUACUUUGGCCCUAUCUGAUCCUACUCCAUGCCAGCAGCCCAGGAGGAUGGGACCCUAUCGUUCAAAACAUCUUGUAACUCUUCUGCAGUAAAAUCUCGCACACCCAAGUACUUCUCUGCAGCUACCACCACAACAUCUAUCCUCUGUGAUUUACGUUCCAUUCCUGCGGUACAAUUGACAACCAUGGCCAUGAAUGCCAAAAAAAAAACCUUAAGCACAUGUUAUUCCUGUCACUCUCUAAUGGCCUCGGCCUACUCCUCUUAGGAUCCCUCACCCUGGACCCAUCUUCCUCUACUACUCUCUUGACUGCCUCAGCAUAUAACAUCUUAUGCACUACUCUGAUCCUGGCAACCUCAACCUGCCUUUCUCUCACCGGACACAUCUGAUCUCCAGCACAAUGGGUACCCCUACAUUUUACACACAUACACAACUUUUUCCACCGAUACUACACAUUCCUUUGUCUCAUGUCCUCCUGCACACUUCUCACAUCUAGGAAUCUCCCUCCUACACACUGUUGCCACAUGACCAUAAGCUUGACACCUAAAACACUGUAAUGGAUUCGGGACAAAAGCUCUCAUGGGAUAACUGACACAUCCUAACUUGACUUUAUCUGGUACAAACUCUACAUCAAAACUCAGUAGCACAGACAGGAGCGGAAUGAGUGGAACAGUCUUCUCUGUUUCACCACGCUCUCCACCGGGCCCACGUCGCACCAAACGGCGGGUGUCACAGACACCGAGAAUCUUCAACUUCAGUUGAUCCUCCAAAACACUUAACGCCACUCCAGUUAUCACUCCUUUCAACAGCGGCCUGCUCCAGAGAGGAAAGCAAGUCACAUUUCUUGUUCCCAGUCGUGGUGCGGAGCAAAUACUCCCUCUGGACGGCAAAAACACAAAAAAUCUACAUGAUUCCACUUCGAGUCACUUUCACCGACCCAACAUUCCCCAACCUCUUCUCCACCCAACCCGACACCACAUAUGGAUCUGCCAGAAGGCAAGGACCCAUUCUCUCCAAAAAUCUCACUCCCACUGGGCCAGAUUAAUCUUUGUCAUCAUCAGGACGAGGCUCAAGCUCAGCAGUCUUCACCACACCUGCCAUCACAGUUAAUUCAUCCUCACUCUCGUCACGUUCAAUUUCCUUCCGUAGCUCUUCCAAAAGCUCUGUGUGAUGCACCCCUCCAUAUUCAUAUAUGUUUUGCACAUCAAAAUAACGGAGAACAACAAUCUUGUUAAUGUUGGAUGUCAUCUAUUCAUUGUGGUAGAUUGUUGGUUAAAAUAUAGUCCCUUUCGACUGACAUGCUUUGUGGAGUAUAAUCGCGGUGUGUUUGUUUGUAUGAACUUUUAAACAUUUAGGUCCUCCUCUGUAUUUUAUUGUUUCAUUGUGGAUCCAAAUAAAGUAAUCAAAAUGUGUGUGUGUGUGAUUGUGUGUGUCCCCCAGCUGUUGCAGGCUGCAGCGGGAAAGUUUUACCCUCACAUCCACGUGGAGUAUGCGUGGAGCCUGAGGCUUGAGGAGAUGGACGAGAGCGAUGACGAUCUGGAUGACAAGGUCAGACUGGGACUUCACGUUCACACACGUCUGGACAUAGCACACAACUUGAAAUCCACACGCAGAGUUGAAAUAUUUGCGCCAAUCUCCCGUUGACAUCAAUGCAUGAUUUAGGCCUACGUGAAAGUCAAUGUUCCCAAGUUGACACUUUUCUAAGUUGACACCUGUUGUCUCUCUCUCCCCCUCUCUGUCUGCAGCCUAGUCCCAUCAAGAAGGACCGCUCCCCGCGGCCCCAGAGUUUCUGCCACUCGUCCAGCAUGUCUCCCCAUGACAAGCUGUCUCUGCCGGGCUUCAUCAGCCACCGGGACAAGCAGCAGCGCAUGUCUUACAGCGCCUUCACCAACCAGAUGUACUCAGUCUCCACCGACCUCACUUCCUCUUCCUCCCCCGUGGCCGACGCCCCCCCCCUGCCCCCCAGGAACCAGGGCAAAGGUGAGACCUGAUUGUGAUUGGCCAGGGCCCAGACUCUUUUAUCAGUGUAGGGUGAAGUUGCCCCUAGACGCUGAUCUUUGGUCAGUUUUGCAUUUUCCCAAUCAUGGUUAUGGUUAGGAAUGGGGAAAGGGGAAGCUGUUCCUAGAUCUGUACAGAUAUAACAAGAUCAUGUUUGACCAAUCUCCUCUUUUUGCAUUGAUGUUCAUGCACAUUUCUACCUGAAAUGCAAAUGUCCUAAAGGUUGUGUGGCCAGUUGUGGAAUGUUCAUUGGAUACUCACCAGUAUUGUCUGGUUGGCUAGCAUUUACAUGUAUGGAGACUUGCAAGUUGUCUCUUAUCUCUAACACCGGUACUCAGGAAUAACACAGUAAUACAGUUAACUGUUUUGCUCUGUUACAAAACAUUGUUAUCAUAACACUAGUUAACCAAGAUGCUGAGAUUAUUAGUCUUUUCCUCCCUCUCUCUCUCUUUCAACCUUACACACACACACACACACACACACACUCACACACACCCUUGAGAGGAAUGUAAUUUGUCAAUCAGGGUGGGAACCGGCUGUCAUAUAGACUGCUUACACAAGCAAGGCACCUCCCGGGAAAUGAUGGCUCCACAGCUGCAGGCGAGGCGGGGGUGAAAGGGAAAGUGGAGACGCACACAGCCAGAUAGGAUAAUACACCAGGCUGAUCAUUUUAAUGCUUCAUUAUGGGAAUCCAGGAUUGCGUCCCAAAUGGCACCCUAGUCCCUACAUAGUGCACUACUUUUGACCAGAGCCCUGUGUGAUUCCCUAUGAGCCCUGGUCAAACAGUGCACUAUAUAGGGAAUAGGGUGCCAUUUGGGACGAAGACCAGGACACUUCCUGAUCAUCAACACUACCUGACAGUAUAUAAACAGACUCCUGGAGGCAACCAGCAGUCAGGACAAUUAUAAUGAACCAUAACAUCCCUCCCUGAAGACAGGAGUUAGAACACAAACACUCACACCACAGUUUACUAAUCACUAUCCUUACAAUACAGUACAUCGUUGAAGCCAAUACAAACGACUAUAUCCUUGUUACAAUACAGUGGACUACGUUGUUGACGCUAAUACACUUCAGUGGAGUGAAGAAAAACAGCGACUUCUUUUUACCCACAAGAGAUUUUACCCACAGUUCUCUUUUUCAGUGGCUUGCUUGCCCCUUAGGCAUUUGCUGGUGCAAUUUCUCCUCUUUUGCUUUGCUUGUCACUGAUAAGAUUUUAUCGGCUGCUUUAUAUUGCCAACGUCCCAAAAGGCACCCUAUUCCCUAUAUAGUGCACUACUUUUGACCACAUUUUUGACCAAGGUCCACAUAGGGAAUAGGGUUUCAUUUCAAAUGCAAACUAGUGUGUGGGAGAAGCUCUCUGAGCUUGACAUAGAUUCUCUCCCACACUCUUCAUCUCUCUCUCUCUUUUUUUCUCCUUUCUUUCUCUUUCAGCGCCGCAUUUGGCAUUCCUCAGCUCUCACUCGCACUACGCCACUCUGGCCGGCACUCGACCAUACAUCAGUGAAUAUCCAGUUAUUACAUUUUGUCCUGUUGUGCUCACGGCCCGUGUACUUCUGCUGCCCAGUGGCACUAAUAGCACUUCACCUCCCAGUAAAAUAUGGGUGUUGGCGUCUUAAACUUUUAACAAUGGCACUGUAAAAGUGUGGUUAAUUAUUAUUUGCUUACACACAGUUUCAUCACGUUUUGUGACCUGUCGCCUCCCCUGAGCUGUAUAGUGUUAUCAUAGCUGACGUAAUGACACCAUAUUCCCUAUAUAGUGCUCUACUUUUGAUCAGAGCCCUAUGGGGUCUAAAAGUAGUGCACUAUAUAGGUAGGAUAUAGGGUGCCAUUUGGGAUGCAGCCUGGCUCUCCUCUCUGACUGGCUGAGAUCUCUAUGAGCCACUUUCUUCUAGCGUCUGUUUCCAGGCUCACACACUGCUGGGAAUGGAACUAGUUGCUUUGGGGUAACUUACUGUAGGUCUGAAAAUCUCAGGAGUGUGUAUACAACAGGAUGCUGCAGAGGGGUGGACAGCUCAUAAUAAUGGCUGGAAUGGAGUAAAUGGAAUGGCAUCAAACACUUGGAAACCAUGCGUUUGGUGUAUUUGAUACCGUUUCACCGAUUCCGCUCCAGCCAUUACCACGAGUCCUUCCUCCACAAUUAAGAUGCCACCCACCUCUUGUGGUGUACACCCACCCAAAAAUAUACAAAAACACCCCCAAAACGACACAUACAUAUACAUUGUUCUUUGUCCAUCUUCUCUGUAUUCCCAUUCGGGCCUUUCUCUGUUCACCGGUAUGUUGUUUUUUACCUGUAUUGAUGUUGUGUUAACAUAUCUCCCCCACGUUGUCCAACAAUUUUGUUGAACCCUGUCCUGAUGGCAAGUCUCCUCCCUCUCAAACUACCAUCCCCAGCCCCUCACCUUCCUGUUGGUAUCCCAGGUGACCGAAUGAAUGACACCUGUCCAUCGCCUGUCCCUUCACUGCAUGCGUUUGUAUGUUGUCACCCCUCCAGCUCCUCCCUCCACCCUCACCCCUGGAGGCAGCUCCACCCUGUCCAAGAAGAGGCCUCCGCCCCCUCCCCCUGGGCACAAACGCACCCUGUCUGACCCACCCAGCCCGCUCUCCCACAGUAGAGGGGGUAUAUCCGGGGGUGAGUCCUCCCUCUGUGGGCCAGAACCAAGCAGACACAUCUGAAUACUGCUUGGUCGUCUUUAUUAGAUAAGGACAUGAUCCAUAAUACAUUUAACUCUCUGGUCCUGGAGAGUCGCAGUGUGUGCGGGCCUUUGGUCCAGCCCAGUCAAUCUAAUUGCCCACCCACACUGAGGCCCUACAGGACCAGAGUUACCCAUAUCUGGCCUAGAAUUGAGGUUUCCAACCAGAUUUUCCCCAUGACCAGAGUGUGUCAGUGCUGUUCAUGAAUGACACAGACACAGCCUGGUCAUUUUGUGGUGUGAUGGCAAUCCUGUGGAAUGUGUUAAUGUUAGAUGUCAGAUCAAUUUAUUUAUUUAUUUUUUUGUCUUGUCUGUCAUUUUUUUUGUAUGUUGAAAUACAAACAGCAUAUUACGGUCUCCUCAUACUGUCAGACAAUGCCCUCAAAUAGCAUUAGUAUGGAAUAAAAUGCAGAUUAUUACCUGAGGAAUACCAGAUCCCUAGCGUACAGCUACCUCAAAAUAGUCCAUAAUGGUAUCUAAUGGAAAGCUCAGCCCCCUACCUCUUCUACUCUCUUCUACUAUAAAAAUUGCAUGUUGGGGUACAGCACUAUAUUUGUAUUUGUAUACCAGUUAUAGUACAGUGCAUUCGGAAAGUAUUCAGACCCCUUCACCUUUUCCACAUUUUGUUACGUUACAGCCUUAUUCUAAAAUAGAUAAAAAUAUUAUUUUUUUGCAUCGAACUACACAGAAUAGCCCAUAAUGGCAAAGCGAAAACAGGUUUUUAGAAAUGUUUGCACAUUUAUUAAAAAUAAAAAACAGAAAUACCUUAUUUACAUAAGUAUUCAGACCCUUUGCUAUGAGACUCGGAAUUGAGCUUAGGUGCAACCUGUUUCCAUUGAUCAUCCUUGAGAUGUUUCUACAACUUGAUUGGAGUCCACCUGUGGUACAUUCAAGUGAUUGGACAUGAUUUGGAAAGGCACACACCUGUCUAUAUAAGGUCCCACAGUUGACAGUGCAUGUCAGAGCAAAAACCAAGCCAUGAGGUCGAAGGAAUUGUCUGUAGGGCUCCGAGACAGGAUUGUGUUGAGGCACAGAUCUGGGGAAGGGUACAAAAACAUUUCUGCAGCAUUGAAGGUCCCCAAGAACACAGUGGCCUCCAUCAUUCUUAAAUGGAAGAAGUCUGGAACCACCAAGACUCUUCCUAGAGCUGGCCGCCCGGCCAAACUGAGCAAUCGGGGGAGAAGGGCCUUGGUCAGGGAGGUGACCAAGAACCCGAUGGUCACUCUGACAGAGCUCCAGAGUUCCUCUGUGGAGAUGGGAGAACCUUCCAGAAGGACAACCAUCUCUGCAGCACUCUACCAAUCAGGCCUUUAUGGUAGAGUGGCCAGACGGGAGCCACUCCUCAGUAAAAGGCACAUGAGAGCCCGCUUGGAGUUUGCCAAAAGGCACCUAAAGGACUCUGACCAUGAGAAACAUGAUUCUCUGGUCUGAUGAAAAUAAGAUUGAACUCUUUGGCCUGAAUGCCAAGCGUCAAGUCUGCAGGAAACCUGGCACCAUCCCAACGGUGAAGCAUGGUGGUGGCAGCAUCAUGCUGUGGGGAUGUAUUUCAGCGGCAGAGACUGGGAGACUUGCCAGGAUCAAGGGAAAUAUGAACGGAGCAAAGUACAGAGAGAUCCUUGAUGAAAACCUACUCCAGAGCGCUCAGGACCUCAGACUGGGGCGAAGGUUCACCUUCCAACAGGACAACGACCCUAAGCACACAACGCAGGAGUGGCUUCAGGACAAGUCUCUGAAUGUCCUUGGUGGCCCAGCCAGAGCCCAGACUUGAACCCAAAUCGAACAUCUCUGGAGAGACCUGAAAAAGCUGUGCAGCGACGCUCUCAAUCCAACCUUGAGAGGAUCUGCAGAAAAGAAUGGUAGAAACUCCCCAAGUACUGGUGUGCCAAGCUUGUCGCGUCAUACGCAAGAAGACUCGAGGCUGUAAUCGCUGCCAUUCCCCCCAGAAAAAAAAUAAAAGUUUUGAGUAAAGGGUCUGAAUACUUAUGUAAAUGUCAUAUUUCAGUAUUUUAUUUUUAUAUAUUUGCUAAAAUUUCUAAAAACCUGUUUUUGCUUUGUCGUUAUGAGGUAUUGUGUGUAGGUUGAUGAGGGGGAAAAAAACAAUUUAAUCAAUUUUAGAAUAAGGCUGUAACGUAACAAAAUGUGAAAAGAGUGAAGGGGUCUGAAUACUUUCUGAAUGCACUGUAUAUCAAUAUACUUUUACAUAAGAAUCAUAAAUAAUGAUAAUUAAUUAUUAUAAUAAUUGAAUCAGGAGAAUUAAAUCAAACAUACAAGCUGUGCUUAUUUAGGUGACUAUUUGGGGACUUGGGGUGAUAUGGGGCAGCAUAUUUCCAUCUUUCACAACCAUCUCGAUAUUUCAGGAAGUGACUCCACCCCUCCUCCUGCGAACAAGAUGUCACCUUUAUCCAACAAGUUUGAGGGAAUUUCACAGCAGCAAAGGUACAUAGACAUCCAUUUUUGAUGCAGGCAUUUAGAAUAUUUUCCAGAAUAUUGUUUACGUAUGAUAGCCAGAGAGUUCUGAUCUGAUGGUCAUGUUUCAUUAACUUCAUAUAACCAUCUGUUUUUUAGUACUACUUCUAGCAACACAAAGUCUACACUUGGUCCAAGGGUUCUACCCAAACUACCUCAGAAAGGUACAUUGAAAUGUGAUUAACAAUGCCUAAAACUGAAGGUGGGAACACCUUAUUUGUGGCUUACCGCCCAGCAUUAGAGUCAGCAUAUGUUUAAUAUAGUACCUUUGUCCUGGUUCUUCUCUUAGUGGCACUGCGUAAGAUCGACACCAUACACCCGUCUAUGGACAAACCCGGCCUGCCUCCUGAGGUGCUCCAGAAAUCCCCUCCAGGACCUGAAUGCCUAACAAAAGCCAUCAUACCCGACAAGUCCCAACUGGGGGUCCUUCCCCCCAAACCCCAGCCCUCUGAACUGCCCCCUAAACCUGGAGAACUGCCCCCCAAGCCCCAGCUCUCCGACCUCCCUCCCAAACCCCAGCUAGGGGACCUACCGCCCAAACCCCAGCUCAAAGACCUACCCCCCAAGCCUCAGCUCUCCCAAGACGGCCAUCCGAAACCAGGGGCAGCAGAUCUGCCCAUUCCGAGACCACCCCCAGGAGAGCCUGCACCGAAGCCCCAGUCCCCCGACUCACCGGUGGCCAAUCAACAGGCAGAGACGGAGAGCCCGUCUCCCCAGGGCAGCGAGGACACCAAUGGGAGCCCGGCGUGUGCUCCAGAGACACCAGUGCCCUUGCCCCGGAAGAUCAACACGGUAAAUUUCACUCAAGGACACACAGCAGAAACCAUAGCGCUUUUCUGGUAUCAUUGAGUAAUAUCUACAGUGCCUUGCAAAAGUAUUCAUCCCCUUUGCGUUUUUCCUAUUUUGUUGUAUUACAACCUGUAAUUUAAAUUGAUUUUUAUUUGGAUUUCAUGUAAUGGACAUACACAAAAUAGUCCAAAUUGGUGAAGUGAAAUUAAAAAAAUAACUUGUUUCAAUAAAUUCUAAAAAAUAAAUGACGGAAAAGUGGUGCAUGCAUAUGCUAUGAAGCCCCUAAAUAAGAUCUGGUGCAACCAAUUACCUUCAGAAGUCACAUAAUUAGUUAAAUAGUCCACCUGUGUGCAAUCUAAGUGUCACAUGAUCUAUCACAUUAUCUCAAUAUAUAUACACCUGUUCUGAAAGGCACCACCAAGCAAGCGGCACCAUGAAGACCAAGGAGCUCUCCAAAUAGGUCAGGGACAAAGUUGUGGAGAAGUACAGAUCAGGGUUGUGUUAUAAAAAAAUAUCCGAAACUUUGAACGUCCCACGGAGCACCAUUAAAUCCAUUAUUAAAAAAUUGAAAGAAUAUAGCACCACAACAAACCUGCCAAGAGAGGGCCGCCCACCAAAACUCACGGCCCAGGCAAAGAGGGUAUCUGUCCAUAGGACCACUUUAAGCCGUACACUCCACAGAGCUGGGCUUUACGGAAGAGUGGCCAGAAAAAAGCCAUUGCUUAAAGAAAAAAAUAAGCAAACACGUUUGGUGUUCGCCAAAAGGCAUGUGGGAGACUCCCCAAACAUAUGGAAGAAGGUACUCUGACCACAUGAGACUAAAAUUGAGCUUUUUUGCCAUCAAGGAAAACGCUAUGUCUGGCGCAAACCCAACACCUCUCAUCACCCCGAUAACACCAUCCAUCCCCACAGUGAAGCAUGGUGGUGGCAGCAUCAUGCUGUGGGGAUGUUUUUCAUCGGCAGGUACUGGGAAACUGGUCAGAAUUGAAGGAAUGAUGGAUGGCGCUAAAUACAGGGAAAUUCUUGAGGGAAACCUGUUUCAGUCUUCCAGAGAUUUGAGACUGGGACGGAGGUUCACCUUCCAGCAGGACAAUGACCCUAAGCAUACUGCUAAAGCAACACUCAAGUGGUUUAAGGGGAAACAUUUAGGGCGGCAGGUAGCUUAGUGGUUAAGAGCGUUGUGCCAGUAACCGAAAGGUCGCUGGUUCUAAUCCCCGAGCCGACUAGGUGAAAAAUCUGUCGAUGUGCCCUUGAGCAAGGCACUUAACCCUAAUUGCUCAUAUAAGUCGCUCUGGAUAAGAGUGUCUGCUAAAUGACUGUAAAUUUAAAUGUAUUGGAAUGGCCUAGUCAAAGCCCAGACCUCAAUCCAAUUGAGAAUCUGUAGUAUGACUUAAAGAUUGCUGUACACCAGCGGAACCCAUCCAACUUGAAGGAGCUGGAGCAGUUUUGCCUUGAAGAAUGGGCAAAAAUCCCAGUGGCUAGAUGUGCCAAGCUUAUAGAGACAUACCCCAAGAGACUUGCAGCUGUAAUUGCUGCAAAAGGUGGCUCUACAAAGUAUUGACUUUGGGGGGUGAAUAGUUAUGCACACUCAAGUUUUCUAUUGUUUUGUCUUAUUUCUUGUUUGUUUCACAAAAAAAAAUAUUUUGCAUCUUCAAAGUGGUAGGCAUGUUGUGUAAAUCAAAUGAUACAAACCCCCCAAAAAUCAAUUUUAAUUCCAGGUCGUAAGGCAACAAAAUAGGAAAAAUGCCAAGGGGGGUGAAUACUUUCGCAAGCCACUGUAGGUAGUUCCGCAAAUAGUAGUGGGUUCCCACAGGUGGGUUGUGGCCAGUUCCUCUUGGGUUGAGACCACAGACAGGGUUGUGGUGGCAUUGUUAAUUGGUGGGUCACAACACAGAACGUUUUGUCAACCAGUCCAGUCCACAUACUAUUGACUUGUCUCUGGUGACAUUUUGGUAAUGUUCAUGUGUGUGUUUAGGGGAAGACCAAAUCUCGGCGGGUGAAGACUAUCUAUGAUUGCCAGGCUGACAACGAUGACGAGCUGACGUUUGUGGAGGGAGAGGUGAUCAUAGUGACAGGAGAGGAGGACGGGGAGUGGUGGGUGAGUAACGGCCCCCUAGCAGGCUCACUGGUGGUACCCUUAAACUGUUACACCCUUACUGGUGUUACCUUAACUAGUUACAACCUAGCAGGCUCACUGGUGUUACCUUAACUAGUUACAACUUUGCCGUACUCACACAGUCAAACAGACCUUAUAGCAGGCUAAACAUUGAACAUUACUGUCCAGUGCGGUUCCCCUCACCUAACACAUUAUCUCUCUCUCUGUUUCCUUUCAGAUCGGCCACAUUGAAGGGCAGACGGAGAGGAAAGGGGCGUUCCCAAUGUCCUUUGUCCACAUCCUAAGUGACUGACAGCCAGACAAGGCUUGCACUGAGCCCCCACCCUCACCCCUAGAAGUAUCCAUGUUCUGUAAAUAACUACUGUAACAACAUAUGAAACCAGUUUGCUAAAGAAAAAAACAAUGAAGAAACCCAAGUAGGCUCAACUAGCCACUGGAUGCUGAGCACAUCCAUGUUGUAAAUAAAAUGAGUAUUCUUACCAGUAUUAUCUUAACCUUAGAGCAUGGCCUAUGGCUGUCAUAGCCACUCUCAAAACCUAGCACUUACCCUAAAGUCUAUGUUUAUGCUGUUACUGUGUGUAUAUAUGUAUGUAUAUAUAUUUCUGUGUGUGUGUCUAUCCAUGUUUUAUUGUACAAACAUGUACAAUCAUACAUGUGCUCUCUGCCUGCCAGAUAACCAAGUAUCAGGGCAGCCGUGUUUGAAUAUUAUCUGUAAUCAUUUUACUGGUGGUCAUCACUGAUAUCAUUGCUUGCAUUUCUGGAGACACCAUUAGACUGAAGAGAGAUUCUCAUGUCUCCAACUGUGACC